CAGCGAGCAGGGCCUCUGCUUCACCACUUCGACCGACAGCCACGGCUCGCCCAUCUCCGUGCCGCCGCCGACCUUCACUGUUCCGCCACGCCCCCGCCUCGGCGCCGUGCCGCAACUGCUUCCCGUCGCGCCCGAACACGCUCCGCCGUCGAGACGCGUCGUCGCAAACACCGCAACGCAGCCGUAUCAUGUCAUUUCCGGCGCCACAAAGCACCACAGCGCACCAGUAAGCACGGCGCCAAUGGACGCGGUCCUUGCACCCAAAAUGCAUCACAGCUUCGCGGGCAUGGACGCUCCAGGCGACACGCAGCCGGACAGCCAGAUGCACAAGGACUGGACGAGCGGCAUAUUCGGCACAGCGGACACCACCACGCGCAUGCCCAGUCCUCGCUCGGGGCUGCGGUCGCUCUUUGCCGAGCACGACGACGAAGACGACGUCGAGCCUCUCAGCGACGAUGUCGAGAUCAUUGCAUCCUCGCAGAUUGCCCAAGACGCUGCCAUUACCAGCCCGACUGCCUUGGAGGACGAUCGCGGCCCAUCUUUGCGCACCGACGAUGCCUUCACGAGCCCAUUGAAGUUCGAGACGCCCGCUGUCGCGGCCCGGGAGCGCAUCCACUCGGGGCAGAUGCUCAGCUCCACUGCGGGCGUAGAGACCACUCCAGACACUGUGGCGUCGGCCUCUGCUUUUGGCGGCGCCUUUGGCAGGUCGGGCGUGGGGCAGCCAUUGUCUCUGACCCAGGCGUUUGAUCUGACUCAGGCGCGUACGUCGCCUGUGAUAGCUGGUACCGAAGAUCCCGUCUUCCAACGCCCGUCUCCCAACUUCAACAACGCCCGCCACUCGAGCCCUAUCCCAGCGCUGUCUAGUCCCAUCAAGGUCAUGCGGCAGGAAUGGUCUGAACCGGCCAUGAGAUCCUCGAGCGAACCGCGAUCUGAAUACGUGACAAUGAAGGAGUCGCAGGAGAGGCGAAGAUCAUUGAGAGGGGCACAACGCACGCCUCUCGUUCAAGAAGAUAGCUGGGAGGAGCUUUCGGCAGCGCAGAAACGCCUGCAACGUCAAAGACAGAGGGAGCAGAACCAUCGCGCAGCUGGCCUGUCUUUGUCUAGCAUCUCGGCACCAGCGAUUGCGCCAGCACAUGGUGUCCGCAAGCGUAGAGGUGAUGCCCAGCGUUCACCGAACCCUCAAAAUGAGACACCACAACCCACGUGGCACGACGGAGUGCUGGAGGACGACGAUGUGGCCAUGGAGGACCCUUCACAACAUCCAGCACUGGAGGAUGACAAGAUGGACCGAUCUCUCGACGAACUGUCACAGGACAUUGCUUCUGUUGCACAGGCUCGAAUGAGAUACAGCGGCCUUGAGAACGGGAUACAAGUGCCGAAGACUUCGUCACACCCUCCACGCACGCAACCAGAACUCAUACCAGCCAAUGGUUCUCGACGAGGCAGUCCAGGCUCACAGCUUCAGCGCGAGUCCCAAAUCCAAGCUCCAGCAUCUCAGUCCAUCCUCCGAACGACUCCGCAUAGUAGUCGAGGUUCUGUCGCUGUUAUGGACUCUCAGCCAGAUCUUAUCGCAGGUCCCGAAAGCUGGCCUCGGCCAGACAACCGCUUCCCUUCAUCACCCUCGGUAAACCAGUAUAGUAUCAACCAGACCACGGUGGCGUCCCGAACAGGAUAUACAAGUCAGAUGAUAUCAUCGUCGAUGGUGCGAAUGCCACCUGGGACGAGUCAGGAUGCAGAAAACGGUGUCAAAGAGGGUGCGGUGUCUGGAGAAGAAGAACGAGUGCCUAGUAGCCCCCCAAUGCUCACAGACGAACUUACGUACGACGAGCAUGGUUACGAGGAGCAUUCGGAAGAAGACCUAGAGCGCGAACCUGAUGACGUAGCAACUGACGGUGAGGAUGCUCGGAUUGAUGAAGAGGAUGACUUGCCUAUUGUAGAGCCAGCGCAAGCUGCCGUUGAGGAAAAUCCGUUGGUUGCGUCCACACCGAGUGCUUUAGAAGCGAAAUACGUACCAGAGGCCAUUCGCCCGAUAAAGGUGGAUGAUGCUACUGACCACGAAAUCCCCGAGACUCUUGAGGAAGACAGGGACUUCACUCCUAGAAGUGGAAAUACUGGACCUUCAGGAAAACUCGAGACCGCAACGCUGGAAGACCCAGCCAUGCCUGCACCCCGUCUGAAACGUAACAACACGAUACCAGAAACGGACACUCUGGAAGAAACACAGCCCUCUCACUUUGCGGAAGAGGCACUGUUGUUCCAGGAGAAUCCGCCGCCGGAGGUCGCCCAGAAGGAACCCGAGGUACAUGAUUACACAAACAGCACCGAACCAUUUCAUACUGCACAAGAGCAGCAGGCAGUCUCACGAUCACACAUGCCUGCUCCGCAUAGCUCAAGAGAUGAGGGCAGUGAUUCAUUACUCGACGUAAGCCGCAUUCGGUCUCUGAACGACAUUGCAAACCUACCAAAUACUCAGCGAUCGACAGCGGAGGACGAAAUAGACAUACCCAGCCUCAUCGGUUUCGAUGAUACUAACGGCGAUACACACAUGAGCAGCCCCGUACCCGCAGCGAAGAGGCGGAGGGCCGCGGUCGCUUCCAAGAGUAGUGUCUUCCACAGUCCCGCCAAGCAAGCAGCAGCUGUGGAGCAGUCGCAGAAAGCUCCACCGUCGCCUUUCAAGCACAUACAGCAGACGCGUGAGGAGACGCCUCCAACGGCGUCCGCUCAAGCACGCGAAGAAAAGGGUGCGCUUGCUGCAGCACAGGCUAGAGACAACAUCACAGCAGCGUAUGGUAGACCUGCAACGCUGAAAACAAAACGAACGUCGCGACCAGUAAGGCCUCAGAACAGCAAGAAGGGGUCUCUUAAGUCUGCAAGAGCUGUCAUUGCCACAAUGUCUUCGCCAAAUAACUCACCGUCCAAGCCCAAAGCCUCAGCAACUGCAACUACGCAAAAGCCGGUGCCUGCAACACCAACACGUAAAACUGCAAAGUCCUUUGACAAGUCGGCUGACGUUGAGAUGCGUGAUGCUGGAGAGAGUACGGAUGAACUUGCUAGUUCUCCGCCUCCUUCAACGCCGCGUCUUGCCAUUCGCUUGACACCAAGGCAAGCUGAGACUCACGGAGGCGAAGUAGUUGUCCCAAAUCGAGUGUUUGCCUCAUGGCCCGGCAGCCACUACUAUCCGGCCACGUGUAUAGGCCGCCCAGACUCGAAACAGCUUCAGAUUCGUUUUGAUGACGGCAACAGCACCACUCUAGAUGCGUUCCAGGUUCGAUCAUUGGACCUCAGGCCAGGCGAUCAGGUCAAGGUUGAUCAACCCGGCAUGAAAAAGUACACAUAUGUGGUAGUCGGUCUGACAGAGAAGUGCGAUGAUUUGCAUAAUUAUGAGUUCCCUAUGACCGAUCGCUACGGACAUGUGUCUGUCGUCCUUGAGGAAAAGCAGCGAGAUAGCCUGCCACCAGGAAGGACCGCCCCUCUAUCGAAGCAGGUCACUGUGCACAUUGCAAGUGUCUACCUCACCACUCAGCUAUGGGGUCGACUGCGUAAUCGCACCUUCCAACUUUCACCGCCAAUAUCACCGCACAAAUCCGCGUCUCAACUUGGCACACCAGUGCCUACCGAGGCACUGACCACACCCUCUUUCACUCGCAGGGGCCUUGCAGCGCCAUCACUGCUGAAGGAUGCCACACAUCGUGCUGGGUCUGUCGCGUCGUCGAGUCGAUCUGGCAGCGGCGUCUUCUCGAACAUGGCUUUCGUUUUGACUUCCACCGGCGAUGGUAUGGACAAGGAUGCUGUUGCACGAGCUAUCAAAGCAAAUGGUGGCCGUGUUCUGGAGCAGGGCUUUCAUGAGCUCUUUGAGACCGAGCCGAUCGAGCUAUCAGCCUCGCAAAGUCGCCGGACCUCAGUGACCACCGUCGAGGGAGCAGGCACCCUGAUGUUGAAAGACGAGUUCAAGAAGCUCGGCUUUGUGGCACUGAUAACAGACUCACAUUCUCGCAGUACCAAAUAUCUACAGGCUCUCGCUAUCAACGUGCCCUGUCUGCAUCUGCGCUGGAUCAACGACUCGCUCUCCGCUUCCCGUUCCUUGACCUUUGCGCGAUACCUUCUGCCCGCUGGUCUAUCAAAGUACCUUGACCCCCAUGGCAUUGUGCGCUCACGAGCUAUGCGCAUCUACGACCCAUCGAGCGAUGACGUCUCAUUCGACAAGACGUUCCAAGAGCGCGACCUAUUGCUCCGGGGCCAGUCUGUCCUCCUCGUCACCGGCAAGAGCAAAAAGGAGAUUGAGAAGCGCCAGCCUUUCGUCUUCUUGACGCACGCGCUUGGCGCCUCGAACGUUGGCCGCUGCGCAGACAUCACCGCUGCUACACAGCUGCUGGUGCAGGGCAAGUGGGACUGGGUAUAUGUCGACAGCGACCAGAGCAGUGUUGCUGAUGCUGCCGCCGCACUGUUUGGCACUGGCGCGUCUGCCAAACUCGCAAAGGGGAGCUUCAAAAAGACCAAGAAGAGGAAGAGAGACGACGGCGAGCCGGAAGAACUCCUCUCCAGGGGCGACGUGGCUGGGCGCAAAGUGAGGGUCGCGAGCGCCGAGUUUGUCAUCCAGAGUCUUAUUCUCGGUGCACUGGUGAACGAGUAGGUGGUCAAGGAAUUCAGUGUCUUUUGCGCAACGCAACGUGAGUUGUAGGUCCGCAGAGCGAUGACCUAAUACAUCGGCACGCUCUCGUGUUUUUUAUGAUGCAGCAUGGGUAAAGCAAGGCGUUCAGAGUCAGUAAUCAGUAUUUGCGUCACAUGAAACAGGGUUCUGGUCGCCUGGAUCUAGAUAUAUGUACUAUAGACAAUACCAAGCGCGAGGCGAGGCCAUGCGUAUGAAUCAAGCAGGGAAUUCUCCUCCAACAGGUCACUGCGUUAUCGUAC